UUGGUGCUGCCCGUGCUAACGCCCCUUCCGAGGACUCUUCAGGCUCUCAUGAAGGCUCCUUUGUGUCUUUUUCUCCUCCUUUGUCUCUCUGUGAGGCCUCCACCCCUCAUUGCCUUGUAGGGUUUCGGAUCCUCGCUUGCUUUCUCCACCUUGAGGAAUGCUUGCCUCUGAACGCCGCCUCUAGCCCGAUCACGCCACUGCUGUAGUCACUCUACAAUUCUCUUCACAGGAUUUUGGUGGUGAGCUUGGAGGGAUUUUGGAGGGUCUUUGAAGGGUUUUGGAAGGGUUUUGAGGAUUUUCAGUGAUGGCGAUGACGAGGAAGUGCGCGGAGGCGGGAGUGAGGGCGCUCUUGAAAGCUAGAUCGUGUGCGGGAGCUGUAUCUGGGCAGCGACGCGCACUCACGAUCGGGCGGAGUUUGACGGCCGUUGCGGGAGGGGGUGGAGAGGGUGAUGGGGUGCAAUGGAGAGGGGUGUUCCUUGCCAAUGGGCCUAUGCCGGGGUUGCAGAGGGGAAAUGGGACGGCUUCCGAGAUGGCGUUGAUGCAGUCGUGGAGGGAGCUCUCUAGCCAGCCGGACUUUUUGGAUGAUGAGACUGAGAGUUCUGGUGAGGAGGACGGGUUUUCAGGUUUGGAAGAUGCGUGUGCGGGGAAGGACGAGCUUGCGAUCAACAGUUUGGGAGUUUCCGAAGAUAUCGUGGAGGCGCUUGCGAAGCGGGGGAUUACGCAUUUGUUUCCCAUUCAGAGGGCGGUUCUGGAGCCGGCGAUGAAGGGGCAGGACUUGAUUGCGAGGGCGAAGACAGGGACUGGUAAGACCCUCGCUUUUGGAAUUCCCAUUAUUCGGCACAUUGUGGACGGGAAUGCUGAGAAUGCUCCCAGGCAGGGGCGGUCGCCUCGGGCUUUGGUGCUUGCGCCGACACGCGAGCUGGCGAAGCAAGUGGAGCGGGAGUUCAUGGAGUCUGCUCCGAUGCUGUCGACCGUGUGCGUGUACGGGGGGGUGCCGAUCAGUAUGCAGCAGCGGCAGCUUGAGCGGGGCGUGGACAUUGCGGUGGGGACGCCCGGUCGCAUCAUUGACCUAAUUGACAGGGGCUCCCUGAAGUUGAAGGAUGUGCACUUUUUGGUAUUGGAUGAGGCGGACCAGAUGCUGGCGGUUGGAUUUGAGGAGGAUGUGGAGCGUAUUCUGCAGCAGCUGCCGAAGCAGCGGCAGAGCAUGCUCUUCAGUGCGACGAUGCCGAAAUGGGUGAAGGAGCUGAGUCGGAAAUACCUCAACAAGCCUCUGACAAUCGACCUGGUGGGCGAUUCGGAUGAGAAGUUAGCGGAUGGUAUCAAGAAUUUGGCCAUUCAGUUGCCUGCGUCGGCGAAGCGGUCGAUUUUGAGCGACCUGAUCACGGUCCACGGGAAGGGUGGGAAGACGAUCGUGUUUACGCAGACGAAGCGGGAUGCGGAUGACGUGGCGAUGGCCAUGGGGAACUUGGUUUCGUGCGGGGCGUUGCACGGGGACAUCUCGCAAGUUCAGAGGGAGAAGACAUUGAGUGCGUUUCGUGACGGAAAGAUUGCGGUGUUGGUAGCGACGGACGUUGCUGCUCGAGGACUAGACGUGCCGAACGUGGACUUGGUGAUCCACUACGAGAUACCAAACGACUCGGAGACGUUCGUGCACCGGACCGGACGGACAGGUCGUGCGGGUAGAUCUGGAACGAACAUACUUAUGUUUACUAGCCAACAGGUCCGAACGAUGCGAACGAUAGAGAACAACGUGAAGUGCAAGUUUCAGAUAGUAGGGUUGCCUCACGUGAGGGACGUGAUGCGAGCUAGCUUCGAGCAGGUCAAGGGCGCGCUGGAGAAUGUGGAUGCGAGCCUGGCGGCCGAGUUCCGUCCAACUGCUGAGUCUCUGCUGGAAGAGAAGGGCCCUGAUGUUUUCGCUGCAGCUCUGGCCCACCUGAGCGGAUUCAGUCAGCUGCCACCAAGCCGGUCGUUGUUGACCUACGAACCAGGAAUGACGACGGUGAGGCUGGUGCGGACAGGGGCCAGGCCGCCUCUGAGCGCACGGGCUGUGAGCGCUGUCUUGUCAGGAAUGUCUCGACCUGCAGCGGACAGAGUGGGGAAGAUCUGCAUCAUCGACGAGCAGAAGAUGAACGGAGCGGUGUUCGAUGUGCCGGACGAUAUGGCAAGGGAGCUUCUGGCGCUACCAACCCAGGAAGGGGACGUGUUCGACGUGCCGGCAAAGCUUCCUCGUUUAGUUGCGGAAGACGGGAAAGGAGCGGGCUCGGAUAUGUUCGGGCGAUUUGGAGGAGGGUCAGGGUCUGGAAGCCGGGGUGGGAAUCGGGGUAAUGAUCGAUUUGGGAGAUUUUCAUCAUCUUCCUCACCUCGAUCGUCAUCCUCCGGAAGAGACUCUGAGAAGUUUGGAAGGUUUUCGUCUGGACGGUCAGACAGAGGGGGCGACAAGACAUUUUCAGGGACAUGUCACGUGUGCGGGCAACGAGGACAUAGGGCAAACGAUUGUCCUUCAGGCGGAGGGCGAAGCAAGCGCAGUGGGUGGGGAGGCUAAAUGGAGGAUGACAGGAAAGUUUACGAGUUUUGAGAUUAGAGACUGAUUAGUAAAUACAUCCCAUAACUUGUUCCAUUAAUUUUUUUCGUAGUUUAGCAUUAUAGGGCGGCCGAGUUGCCAGUAUACGAUGAGUAGUCAGUUGGGGUGGGCAUGAAAUCGAAAGCACCCUUCAAUGAAAUUUUGUAAUUGUGCAGGUGUCUUCUUCACCGACGUAGAGCUUUUUAGGUAGGAAACGAUACUCUUGUUCUGCUGAGUAUCCUUUGAAACACUGAUGCUGAGCCACAAUAAGGUUCCAUCGUAGUGCACCUGAUACGAAGGUGCACGUGGGUUCUACUCCAUGACUUAGAUCUGGUACUGAGUCUAUUGUCGUUGAGAACGACAAAUGAACAGGAAUUCGGAUCACGUUGAUAGUGGCUUGAGAGGCUUUCUGUUCCUGCACUAAUUGAGCAAGGGCAGCAACUGCAUUUUUUGGGUGCACUUUAUAGGUGAAUACUCGUCUUUGGGUACUA